UAUGUGGUGGAAUUUAAUCCCCAUUUCCAUACACUUUUAGUUAGAGAGUUAUUUUUGGGGGAACAACAUUUCACUUCAACCUUUUAAAUUAAGACAUGAACUUUCAUAUGACCUCUAACUUCACAUGUAUGGCAGUUUGCAUUCCUAAAUUCUACAUUUUCCCAAAAGUUCAAACGCACUGGCCCCGCAUACAUCAUCUCUGGGCCAAGAGUUAAAAGGUUCCGCAAUCGCCACCCCUGUCCACCUGUUUCAGCUAUUCCACUGCUCUCCUCAAACCCCCUUCCUCAAAAUCUGCAAUUUUCCUCUGCUCUUCCUUCAUAUAACUAUUUAGCUAAUGACACUCUGACCUACUGCAUGUGUAAUAUUACUCCCCCUCCCACCUGUUCCAACCCUGCACUGCCUUGUGUCUACAGUGUGCAGGUUAUUAAUCAACUGCUACGUGUUCACAGUGUGCAAGGUAUUAAUCAACUGCUACGUGUUCACAGUGUGCAAGUUAUUAACAACUGCUGUGUUCACAGUGUGCAGGUUAUUAAUCAACUGUUAUGUGUUCACAGUGUGCAGGUUAUUAAUCAACUGUUAUGUGUUCACAGUGUGCAGGUUAUUAAUCAACUGUUAUGUGUUCACAGUGUGCAGGUUAUUAAUCAACUGCUACGUGUUCACAGUGUGCAAGGUAUUAAUCAACUGCUACGUGUUCACAGUGUGCAAGUUAUUAAUCAACUGCUACGUGUUCACAGUGUGCAAGUUAUUAAUCAACUGCUGUGUCCAGUGUGCAGGUUAUUAAUCAACUGCUGUGUUCACAGUGUAUAUGUUAUUAAUCAACUGCUAUGUGUUCACAGUGUGCAGGUUAUUAACAACUGCUGUGUUCACAGUUUGCAGGUUAUUAAUCAACUGUUAUGUGUUCACAGUGUGCAGGUUAUUAAUCAACUGCUAUGUGUUCACAGUGUGCAGGUUAUUAAUCAACUGCUAUGUGUUCACAGUGUGCAGGUUAUUAAUCAACUGUUAUGUGUUCACAGUGUGCAGGUUAUUAAUCAACUGCUAUGUGUUCACAGUGUGCAGGUUAUUAAUCAACUGUUAUGUGUUCACAGUGUGCAGGUUAUUAAUCAACUGUUAUGUGUUCACAGUGUGCAGGUUAUUAAUCAACUGCUAUGUGUUCACAGUGUGCAGGUUAUUAAUCAACUGCUAUGUGUUCACAGUGUGCAGGUUAUUAAUCAACUGUUAUGUGUUCACAGUGUGCAGGUUAUUAAUCAACUGCUAUGUGUUCACAGUGUGCAGGUUAUUAAUCAACUGUUAUGUGUUCACAGUGUGCAGGUUAUUAAUCAACUGCUAUGUGUUCACAGUGUGCAGGUUAUUAAUCAACUGUUAUGUGUUCACAGUGUGCAGGUUAUUAAUCAACUGUUAUGUGUUCACAGUGUGCAGGUUAUUAAUCAACUGCUAUGUGUUCACAGUGUGCAGGUUAUUAAUCAACUGCUAUGUGUUCACAGUUUGCAGGUUAUUAAUCAACUUCUAUGUGUUCACAGUGUGCAGGUUAUUAAUCAACUGUUAUGUGUUCACAGUUUGCAGGUUAUUAAUCAACUGCUAUGUGUUCACAGUGUGCAGGUUAUUAACAACUGCUGUGUUCACAGUGUGCAGCCUACUACGUUAUGAUGUAGUAAGGUAG